ACCGCGACUUCUUCCCGCCCGUUGAACCACCGCUCUUCUUACUCUACAUCGCUAUUGCACUGUCUGUUCUUGCAUUCCCUUCAGUUACGUCUCUCAUAUAUGUGCAUGGUUCCUCCUCCAUCACGCUGGAUGUAACGACAUCUACUGCAAUCAGCAUGUCCACAGCGUCCUCUUCCCCCGCCAGCAAUCGCGAUGGCGCCUCAACUGUCGAAAUGUUGACUCCACGGACCAAGGUCGCGCGAAUGCUCGCAGACAUCGACGACGAGAUCGAUAAUGCCCCCAGCCCUUCUCCGUCUAAAGACGCGCAGGUUGGACGGCCUCUCACAAAUCCCGACCUCGAUGUCCACCAACUUCCAGCCUCCUGUGAAGCGUCUUCCAUGCCCACGCAGCACUCUGCAUCCGACUCGGAGGAAGAUGAUGAAGAAGAGAUCCGAAAACCACAAGGUCGCGCCGCGAGACGCAUGCUUCACACCAAGAGCAACACGUCUUCAGCGCUGGAUGUUUCACCUCGUCAAAAAAACCCUAGCCUUCAACAGCCCGCCGCCGGCUCCGAUUCCGAUGAUGAUGACCUCUACUCAGCUACCCCUAUGAAAAUAUCCAGCCGCGCCCGGUCCGACUCACCAUCCCCACGCGGAACUGAAAGCGGCAACGGUCUGUUCGUGAGCCCCGCCAAGUCCAUCGGUGCGCAGAGCGAGGAUGACCUGCCUACCAACCCGUUUGGAGGCAAAGAGAAGCUGGCAGAACUGGUGGCACAGAAGCGAGCCGAACGUUUGGAGCGAGAAGCCGAGGAGAAAGCACGAAAGAAGGCUGCCGCCCACGCCGGACCCUCCUCAGACCUGCCAGACGAGAUGUUUGAAGAUGCCCAGGAUCCUGUCGAUCCAAACAUCGAGCAGAUCAUGUCGGACGCCACUCGUCCAUCCCGAAAGGCUAGCAAGAAGGCUCUCCUGGAGAUGGAGCGCGAGACGCAACGAUUGACACGCCAGCAAGCUCUGGCACAUCAGAUGAAGGUCAAGAAGAAGUUCACCACCACCGAUCUCUUCGCUAAGUUCAACUUUCGCCAGUCACCUGCCCUGCCGCCGACCGUGAUCGCCGAAAAGGAAGCUGGAACCUCUUCGGCGCCCAGUAGUGAUGACAUCGAAGAGAGGGAACCGGCCAGCACACCCCCCUCGAGCCCGCCCACCCCCUUGGAUAGGCAAAAGAGUCUAGUGGAUCACGGAGCUCUGAACAAACUCGUACCCACGCAGCAGCAUACUGUUGCGGCUUUCCUCGAGACUGACGCCGACGAUGAAGAUCUGCCAGACAUCGCGGAGGUGCUCAAAUCAUCACAAAUACCCACGGCCCGGCGUACGUCCCCGGCGAAGGAAGCUGUGCAGGAGAACAGGGGGCUCAAACUGGCGCGGCUGGGCAAGAAGGCUAUGCGACAGGAUGACAGCAGCGAUGAUGAUCUCGAUAUUGUCCCCAAUCUGCCAGCACAUCUUCAAGUGUUUGAGAAAGCAACCGGCUCAAAAGGCGCGAAACGAUCUGCCGACUCGAAAGCGAUCCAGCAUCUGAAGCAUCUUGCUCACUUGCACGUAAAUGAUGUGCCGGCGCGUAAAAAAUCCUCACGUCCAUCUGUCGCCCCACAGACAUUGGACCUUCAGCUUCGUAAGAAGGCCAAGGAGCAAGCACGCCAAGCGCAGCUGGAGCGCAUCGAGGAGCUCAGAGCCAAGGGUAUCGAAAUUCAAUCCGUGGAGGAACGAGAGAGGGAAGCAGAAGCUUUCGAGGACCUGCUUGAGAAGGCUCGGCAAGAUGCCCUCAAAUUGAGGCAGGCGGAGAAGGCUGUAAAGAAGGGCGCCGACGGUGGGGAUGCGAUGGUGGCGAGUGAAGACGAAGACGAGGACGAAGAUGAGGACUACUCCGACAGCGGCAGUGACAUGGAGCAGGAUGGGAACGAUCUUGUGGAUGCUGCUGCCGAAGAGGCAAGCGAAGAGGAAGAGGAAGAUGAGGAUGAGGAUGAGGAUGGAGACGACGAGGCAGAGGACGAGGAUGUGGAAGUGGACGAGGCACCUGAGAUCGCUGACGUGGACAGUAACGAGCAAGACGAUGUGGCUCUCGAUCCAGUUCUGGACGGCACAGACGAUACUAGAACAGAGCUCGCCACUCCCGCAGCACCGUCUCGGAAAGCUCGAGUCUCUCGAGUCAUCAGGGAUGAAGACGACGAGGAUCUCGUAUCAUCCGAGCACGAGGAUGCGCCAUCCACAGCCAAAGCGGACGACCCCUUCGCAGCUUUCAACUUUGGCGCCGCAGGUAAUACCGAUGCAUUCUUAAGCCCGACGCAAGCGUUCAAUGCGACGAUGCAGACACCUACGCAGACGACGCAAGAGGACUCGUAUGAUAUCUUGCGACGGAUCGCACCCCCUUCUGUUGCUGCACCACCAGACUUCCUCCUCGACUUGGACACGCAAAUGGAUGACGAGCCGCAGACGGUCCCCACAGAUGAAAGCCAAGUUCCUGAAAGCCAGCGUGUUGACUUGCAAUGGGAAACUCAGCCCCCUGAAACUCCUGCACCGGCGCAUCUGAAGCGCGGCAACUCUGCUCUCACUGAAACGCCCGGCUGGGAACCAUCACCAGAUCCGGGAUUACCGUCUCCGUGGGAUCUACAGCUCAGAGGAGAGUGGACUGCUAGUGCCGGUGUGGAGCACGAGACCCAGUCAACCGUUCGCCUGCGCGUCAGCGAGUCCCCCGCCCCUUCCCAGGCUCCCGAUCGACGUGGUCGUCUUAUUCGCAGGCGAGUGGCAGAGUCAGACGAAAGUGAUGAAGAUGUCGUCCCCGCAGCAUCUAUCCGCGCAGAGAAGAAGGAUGCAUUCCGUGAGAUGCGGCGGCGUCAAAAGGAGGCCUUGACCACCGCCGAACGCGCGGAAGCGGACAAGGAGAUGCGCGCGAUGAUGGACGAGCAGGCAGAAGAGUCCGAGGAUGAGUACGCAGGUCUGGGUGGCGAUGACUUUGUGGCUCCCGAAACCGAGGAGGACAAGGAGAUGAUUGACUCGUCUCACAUCGAAGUCGAUGAGCGAGCGAUUGCCGCGCACUUUGCAGAGCGACAGCGAAUUAGCGAUGAAGCCGAAAUCAGCAAGCUGUACAAGGAGGUGACAACGGGUGGGUUCAGGAAGAGAAUGGGAGCCAACGCAUUCGAUUUGGAGGAAGACGAGGAUGAGAUGGCGGCGAGAAGGAGGCAGAUGAGACAGCAGGAGGAGGCGAGAAAGAGGAAGGCGCUAUUGAAAGACGUCAAUGUCGCCUCUCUGGCUGAAGGCAGGCAGAGCAAGGGCAAGAAUGCGUUCCUCAGAGCGAUCGCCGACGAUGAUGGGGAAGACGAUCUGGUCAAACUCUCGAGCGAUGAAGACGAAUCCGCGUCAGCUACCCAGAAUACCAGUCAAGCGUCGCAAUCGCGACCGACGAGCCCGCUGAGGGAGACCAGCGGGAACAAACGUCGUCUGCCGCCGGCGGGAGACGACGUCGAUAGGGAAGGGCGACCAACGAAGCAGCGACGGACUCGAGAUUCGGCACUCAGAAGACCAACGAGCUUGCUGCAGGUCCAAGAGUCCGUCAGCUUUCUGCUCGAGGAGCCCAACGCGGCCUUCAUGUCCGGUGCUUCCGCAACGGAGCUCCUUUCGGACUCUGAAGGUGAGGAACCAGCGGACAGGGCAUCGGACACCGAGGACGACACCGAUCUUGUUGCAGCGGAAGCAGCGCGCAGCAACGAUGGCGGCUUUGCUCCGAACCCUGCUAGCUUCGAGGCGAAGAUCGUUAAUCCUGCACCCAUGCCGGCGGUCCAUCGUCGUACAGCACCGAAAACUGGCAUUGUGGACCGUCUAUCGUUGAAGCGAAUGGUUAGUAACCCCGAGAGCGCCCAUGGCCGAACAGCCUGGGCAGCAGGACCGACGACGGGCGGAUUCAAAGUGCCAUCGCUACUGCGCCGCGCGACCACCAAUGUGGCUACUGGAGCCAACGAACGUGGAGUCAGCGUCCCGUCGUUAUCGCGGGAGAGCAGCGGGGUGAAGAUGGGAGGGACGAAGAAGUCUUCGCUCGCGUAUCAGGCGCGAGCGGAGGAGAGGCGGGCGAUUGUUGAAGCGAGCGCGAAGAGGCGGGAGGAGAAUACGGCGAGGAUCGCGCAGCUGAGACGGAAUAGCAGCGCUCUGAGUCGUGGACUUACUGGCAGAUUUGAGUAAAGGGAACCGAAGCAGUAGAAGUACCGAGUGGCCGCAGAAUCUUCACGUUCAUCUGGAUCUGCCUCUCCAACUGACUCGAUAAUUGGCUUUCCGCUGCUUCUUCUCCUUUCACUCGAUUGCUAUUUCUCUUGGGA